AUGUCGGUCUAUCUGCAAUGGCCAGACUUUGGCUUUCUCAACAGCUUUCCGCCGCAGCCCCUACCACGCGCACUUCCACCUCCCGUCAAAGAGCGAUCCUUCCGCGCGCCAUUUGGCAUCGACAAGGAUCUCUUCAACUUUGCUCUCAAAUGGCAGGUUCCAAUCACUUUCGCGAGCGCCUACCUGAUCGCCGUCUUCUUCCUGAACGCCUACAAUCGCCGUCACAACAACCAGAAGUGGUGGAUCGCGAAACAGUGGUGGUUCAGAUACUUCGUCAUCAUACACAAUGCACUACUGGCUCUCUACUCGGCAGCCACAUUUCUCGCCAUGUGCAGGGCCAUUGCGCAUACAUGGCCGGGAGUGAAUUCAGAAAUUGGCUUGGCUGGCAUAGCAGACGCGCUGUGCAAGAUGCACGGGCCGAGAGGACUUGGAGACGCGACUGCAUUCAACACAACCAUCAAUAUCUGGGAAGCCAAGAAUCAAUUGAUUAAGCUGGGCUACGAUGGCAAUCCCGACCCAACCGACGUGGGCAGACUCUGGAACGAAGGUCUGGCUUUCUGGGGAUGGGUGUUUUAUGUUAGCAAGUUCUACGAAGUCGUCGACACAGCCAUCAUCAUAGUCAAGGGCAAGAGAAGCAAGACCUUGCAGACAUAUCACCACAGCGGAGCCAUGCUUUGUAUGUGGGCUGGCAUCCGUUACAUGAGCCCCCCAAUCUGGAUGUUCGUCUUUGUCAACAGCUUUAUCCACGCGCUGAUGUACACAUAUUACACUCUUUCCGCGCUCGGCUACAGGUCCCCAACCAUCUUGAAGCGCACUUUAACCAGCAUGCAGAUUGCGCAAUUCCUGUGGGGAGCUUCCUACGCUGCAGCACAUUUGUUCAUCAAGUACGAUAUUCCCGUUCGCACUCCAUACAGAGUAGCCGCCACAGUCUCUUCCGUUCUCGCAAGUGCAUCAUCGAAAGCCGCUGCCGCUUCAUCCACCGUUUCAAGCGUCAUCGCAACGCCUUCUGCUUUCGAUUGGGUCGCCUUUGGCAAGAAAUUGCUGCUUCGCGGACUUGGCGAGGAAGGACUGGCGGAGCGAGUUGGACAGUUUAGGGAACGCGUGGAGCCUCUCUACGAGACAAGAUGGCGCCAGGAUCGGACCACGGUCAGCUGCAUCGACACUUCUGGCGAGGCCUUUGCUAUCUAUCUGAAUCUGCUGUAUCUUGCACCCUUGACCUUCCUUUUUGCGCGAUUCUUCCUACAGGCUUAC